GGAUAACAAAGCUUCAAGGUUUCAACGUGCACACCUGGAAAGAGUCCUCACUUAUGUUUCUUUGCCUCAAUUGAUAUUUUAUAACUACAUCUCAAGUGCUUGCCAUCUUCCUCUGCUACUCUCUAGAAAUAAUCACAAAUAAUACUUGGACAUCAGAGGAAGCUUACGAGAGAGGACCAUUGGAACAAUGAGCGACGACGAGGAUUUCCAAAUUGAAGGCCCGGAACUCGCAGAGGAUGAUCCCAUGAGAGCUUUCUUGCCAGCGUCGUUUGGUAAGAAGUCAAAAGAGGCAGAUGUAGCCGCGCAAAUCGAUAGAACAAGACGACCGGCAGAAACGAAGGCCGAGGCGCCAAAAGUGGCUACUGAGGAGGUUGGCCAAGAAGUUGGACAACAGAAGCUCGCGCCUGAGCCAGCGUCUAAGGAUUGGGGUUCUGAUGAUGAUGAUGAGGAGGAUUCCGAUAGCGAUGGGGGCUCUGACGACGACGAUGAAUAUCCGACUUCUCACGAAUUGAUACUGAAAACCCAUGAACGCGCAGUUACUACUACAACACUUGAUCCUUCAGGUUCUCGACUCAUAACUGGUUCUAGCGAUUGUACCCUCAAGUUUCACGAUUUUGCUUCCAUGACCCCAACAACUCUUAGGUCGUUCAAAAGCGUGGACCCAAAUUAUUCCAAAACAUCAGCAAACUCCGAAACCCAUCCGAUAAAUCAUGUUGAAUUCAAUCCACAUGCCGGAGGUACUUUUCUCUGUAUAUCCGCUCACCCGCAAGCGAAAUUAAUGAAUCGAGACGGAGAUAUCAUCGGAGAGUUCGUAAAAGGAGACAUGUAUCUGAGAGAUAUGAAUAACACGAAGGGGCAUAUUUCGGAAAUUACCACAGGCACAUGGAGUCCGAUGGACAAGAAUAUUUGCGUUACCGCCGGUACGGAUAGUACUUUACGAAUUUGGGAUGUAAAUGUCAGAAGAUGUCAGAAGGAAGUUAUCGUUCACAAAUCCAAGGCUUCAGGAUCAGCAGGAAGGACAAGAAUGACUGCCGUCGUUUGGGGAGGCCCAGCACAAGGAGGAAACAAUCUAUUAGUAUCUGCAGCUCUGGAUGGAAGCUUGGUGAUGUGGGGUGGCAAUGGACCAUAUGCAAGACCAACAGCUGAAAUCAGAGACGCACACACUCCGGAUACAUGGACGGGUGGUAUUGACAUCAGUCCCGAUGGCCGAAUGGUUGUUACACGAGGUGGUGACAAUUUGAUCAAACUUUGGGAUACUAGAAAGUUUAAAACUCCCAUUGUGACAGUCUCACACCCUUCAACAUCAGAUGUCUAUUCGGUUACUAAUAUCAAAUACUCACCCAAUGGUGCUAAUAUCAUCACUGGUUCCGCAUCGGGCCAUCUACAUAUCUUAAACUCGGGCAAUCUCAAACCGGAACUAGUCACCCCAGUGACACCUGGAUCUCCACUUAUAACAGUUCAAUGGCAUCCAAAACUCAACCAAAUUGUUACUGGAUCUGCAAAUUCCGAAGUUCACGUUCUAUACAAUCCGAACACAUCUGUUCGAGGUGCCGUUGACGUAAUGUCUCGUGCACCAAAGAAACGCCAUGUUGACGACGACCCCAACUUUACAACAGAUCAAUCUGCUGGCAUGUCAGGAGAUAGCAUCGUUACUCCAGGUGGUGUCAUGUCGAAUAUAUCGGCCACAUCCUUCUCUGCAAGACAUCCAACUAUAGGCUUGACUGCCUCAGGCCGUUCUCGGGAUCCGCGUCGACCCAAUUUACCACUGGUCACACCAUUUGCGAAAAGUCAACCGGAUGAGAAACAUAUUAAUGAAAGUAUCACACUGAGUAGCAUGCGUGAUGAGGAUCCCAGAGAGGCAUUGUUGAAAUAUGCUGAGCUUGCUAAGACAGACCCACUCUUUACCAAUGCCUGGAAAGAUACUCAACCGACAACUCAGUAUGCUGAAAUAAGUGACGAAGAAGAUGAAGGGCCAGACAAGAAAAAAGUGAAGAGAUGAUCAGUUUUAACGAUGAGAUAUCCGCACUGCUUCUAUUGGGCGUGGAGUGCAUCGGCGAUCAAAGGGUUUAUUGAGAUCAUCUAAGACUAAGCAAUGUUCCGGCAAGUUUAUAAUAUGAUUCCUGAUUACAUGAAGCAAUACUCAAACCAGAUUUCCACCUUUAGAUCCCAAACUUACGAUGUUUGACCUAUCUACACCAGCCCGUCUUUUGAAGAAGCAAUCAUCAUCGCACUUUAAUUCUUCUUUGAUAUUAUCACAGCAAACGUGGUGAUAGCAAACAUCCGGACAAAAUAUUCAAUCUCCACGUGAGCCUGAGAAUAAGAUAGGCAAGAGAUGUAACUCGCCUCACGUGCAAUUUUGUUCAAUACCUAGUAGGUUCAUAGUAAUAAAUGCAUACUUUAUUCA